AUGCUUCACCAUAAUUCCAAGAUCAAGAUGCAGCAUAUCUUGCCAUACCUUGCGGCUUUGUUCCCCAGCGUGGCUGGCCUGUCAAUCUCACUUGAACUUGAACUAGGCGCCACACCUCGACCCCCUUACAAAGCACCUCAACCUUACAAGGCACCCUGGAAAACCCUUCCUCCGACACCCCCUCUACCAGAGGCAAACUUCAAUGGCACUGCUCCUAUCAACGGCAUAGAUCUAUGGUAUGCUACGUUUGGAGCGCCACUCGAGGAGAGCCAAGCCAAUGGACUUAACCCUGUUGUCUUUCUACACGGUGGCUACGCCAACAGUGACUACUGGGCACAUCAGGUCGAGCACUUGAAGGAUGGACCCUUUACCUUGAUCACCAUCGACUCUCGCGGUCAGGGUCGCUCUAGCGAUGACACCAGCCGUCCCUUGACGUACGAUCUCAUGACGGAGGAUGUGGUAGCCUUGAUGGACCACCUCGAAGUUCCCAAGUUCUCAACAGUCGGUUGGUCUGACGGAAGCUGCAUCUCGUUCAACCUCGCCAUGAACUUCACCGAUCGAAUCGACCGCAUCUUCGCUUUCGGAGGUACAUACAGCCCCAACAACAUCAACGCCACUGCCGCAGAGUCCCCCGUGUUCCUCGAGUAUCUUGACCGUGUUGGCAAGGAAUACGAAAAGAACUCGCCAAGUAAUGGGACCUUUAAGGAGUUUGGGGAAAGGAUUGAUGCUAUGUGGUCAUCUGAGCCAACCUGGGACGCUGGUUCAUUCUCCAAGAUUCCUACACGUUACGACGACCCUGAGGCGCCUGUUCUCUGGAUUGUCGAUGGUGAUUCCGAAGAGGCUGUUACCCGUGAUACUCCCGGCAUUCUGCGCAGUUGGGUCUGGGGCUCUGAUCUUGUUAUCCUUCCUGGAGUGAGCCACUUUGCCUUCGUCACCGAGGACAUUGGUUACGAUAGAAAUCAUGGCCCCAUUCCGCUUAUCGAUGCAUCUACUCAUCGGAUUUCUAUUCAAGGCGCAGUCAAAAACACUCUCAGCCUUUCCGUCGCAGAUCUUCAAUCCUUCAAUCAACACUCCAUGAUCUGCGCCCUCCAAUGCGCUGGAAACCGACGCCAUGCCAUGCGAACUACCAUUAAGGAAGUUCAAGGUAUUGAUUGGUUUGAUGGCGCUGUCAUGAAUUGCAGAUGGUCUGGUCCCCGCCUUAAGGAUGUUCUGACUAAGGCUGGCGUAAGUCUUAGUGAAGAAGAGCAUAAGAAGGCUCAAGUGGAGUUUGCGUGUCAUCAAAAUCCUUCGCCAGAAGAGGAGUGGUUUGGGACAAGUAUUCCGCUUGAGAAGGCUAUGGCUGACGAGGCUGACGUGAUCAUAGCUCUGGAGAUGAACGGCAAACCUCUCGAGCCAAAGCAUGGAUACCCUGCCCGUAUUAUAGCCCCAGGGCUAGCUGGUGUCCGCUCGGUCAAGUGGCUUGAUCGGAUCACGGUUCAGCUGCAAGAGUCGUCAAACCACUUCCAUCAACGCGAUUAUCGCGUCCUGCCUCCUGACGUGGAAACUUCAGAACAGGCAGAUCCAAAGUGGUCUGAGGCACCAGCUCUCCAAGAGAUGCCCCUCAACUCAGCCAUAUGUCUUCCUCGAUCUGGCUCGACUUGCAAGAGAGACGACAACGGCACGAUUGAGGUCAAGGGAUAUGCUCUUCCUGGCUAUGCUGCUGGACCUAUCCUAGACGUUGAAGUAAGUGCCGAUGGUGGAAAUACUUGGGAAAGGGCAAAGUUGUCUGAAAGUGAUGGACACAAUGAUGGCGAUUUGAAGUGGGCCUGGCAUCGAUGGGAGAUUAAGAUGCCAAUGGACACCGGUGAGAAUCAAAAGCUUUUUAGCCGUGCUACGGAUUCGAAGGGGACCAGACAGGAGGCACAGUCCCAGUGGAACUUGCGAGGUAUUGGAUAUUGUGGAUAUGGUGAGCUCAAGGUUGUACGGUAA